GGAGGCGCCCCUGAUCAAGAAGGAGAAAGGAGGAGGGAAAUGCGAGGUGGGGAGAAAGGGAUGGAGGAAAACAGAUGAUGAGCGAAAGGAGGAGGAGGAGCAGCGAGGAGGCAGGCACUCACAGGAGGAAUCAGCGACAACAGCAGGACAAUGGGCUGUCUCCGCUCCAGAUCAUAACGGACACCGGGUUUGCUCCAACUAACUGGAUUACCAGGAGGCGAAUGUAAAGCAGCACCAGGAUGUGGCCCCCUUUAUCCCUGUUAAUCUGCCGUUCACCCAGGGGCUUUUGACUUACCAAAAAUGAUGAAGACUGAACCCCCAUCGGCCACAGGGGGGAACGGGGCCUCUGGUGGGAACAACGGCGGUUCCAACCUGCGGAGUCCCUCGCCUCACCGCAAUGCCUACGAGGCGGGGCUGGCGGCUCUGAAGAAGGCCACUGACCACCUCAACAAUGCCGCCAACGGAGCUCCCAACCCCGGCUCCAAACCUCCCCUUCUCCCCCGCCCGACUGGAAGGGGCAAGCGGUACGGGUCCAACGUCCACCGCAUCAAGAACAUGUUCAUGCAGAUGCAGUCUCCAGGUGAUGAAGAGGAUGGUGCCAAAAUGUUAGGUAAGGAAGAGGCACUGAAAUUAUCGAUUCCAAGGGCCUCAAGUCUCAAUGAGAAUGUCAACCACAGCGCCUUGCUGAAACUUGGAGAUUCAGUCUCAGAGAGAGUCAACAGGUUUGACUCUAAAACAGGAUCAGAAGGUGGAAACUCAUCUUUUGGUCUGUCCAAGCUCCAGGAGACCAGGCGAAUCUUUGAACAACGAACUCUACAGGAGAAGCAAGCCGCUACCAACCGCAUCUUGCUGAAAAAGGAGCGUGCUUCGGGCUUUCAGGACAGCCGUCUAGACGUUGUGGCCCGCUUUAACGGGUCAACAGAAGCUCUGGACCGACUGGACGAUCCUCCAGCACCCAGUCCUGCUACCCUUCCGUCUGCUGCGGCUUCGGUUGGCCCGAGUGAGGCGGUCAGCCCCACUGUGAGCCAGCUCAGCGCGGCGUUUGAAAAGGGCGACGUGCAAAACAACCUCUACCUCCCCCAGCGUCGGUCAGCCCCUGCCUUAGCGCCAAAACCCAAACCUCCAGCUAAAGGAGAUGCAGCUGAAAAAAAGGCACAUUCUGUUGGUAAGGAGGCCAAAAAGGAGAUAACAGCAGAAACAACAAACACCACAGCAGCUGUGCCACCGGAAGCAGCAGGUUCUGUACAAAGGAGCGCUGCAGGACAGGCUACAUGCCAAGAAAACGAUGGGUUUGGACUGUCAUUAGACCACUACUUAAACUCAUCAACGCCUUCGAUUACAGUGACUGUAACGUCAGCCUCAUUUGAGGCAAAAUCUGAGUCCCAGGUGGAAGGAAGCGAAGAAACGGAUUCAACUAUGGUGGAGUCCCAGGCCAAAGAAAAGGACGUGUCCAAUGAGGGAACCGGAGGAACGUUGGUGCAGGCUGAGGUUCAUGCUUCACUAGAAAAUCGGGAGAAAGAACCUCCGCCUUCCUCCGGCGAGAGAGAAGACUCUGAAUGGAGGGAAGCAGAAGAGGACGAGAACGACGAGGACGGCUCGCGCAGGGAGGAUUACUCGGAAGGAGAUCUCAUAGAAAUCAGUGCUUACAGCGGAAUCGGCGAGGAGGAUUCAGGGGGAAGCCAGCUGGAUGACGAGGAUGACGAAGAAGACGAGGAGGCAUAUCAGCCGGAGAGCAGUUGCUCCGAGAUGCCCGGUCUCCCCGAAGAAGAGGAGGCCCCGCCGCCCAGCAGAAAGAUUCGCUUCAGCACAGACCCAAUCAAGGUCUUCACCACCUACUCUAAUGAAGACUACGACCGGCGCAAUGACGACGUUGACCCCAUGGCUGCCUCGGCCGAGUAUGAGCUUGAAAAGAGAGUCGAGAAGCUGGAUUUGUUUCCUGUUGAGCUGGAGAAAGACAGCGACGGCCUCGGGAUCAGUAUCAUUGGCAUGGGAGCAGGAGCGGACAUGGGCCUGGAGAAGCUGGGGAUCUUCGUUAAAACUGUCACAGAGGGUGGAGCUGCUCACAGAGACGGCAGGAUCCAGGUGAACGAUUUGAUAGUGGAGGUCGAUGGGACCAGUCUGGUUGGCGUCACCCAGAGCUUCGCCGCCUCUGUCCUCCGCAACACAUCAGGCACAGUCAAGUUUGUUAUUGGCAGGGAAAAGCCGGGGGAGCAAAGCGAAGUGGCUCAGCUGAUCCAGCAGACUCUGGAGCAGGAGAGAUGGCAGAGAGAGAUGAUGGAGCAGAGAUACAAACAGUACAUGGACGACGACGAAGAGACUGGCGAAUACGCUACAGACGAGGAAGAGGAGAUGAGCCCGAUGUUUCCAAACUCCAUCGAAGUUUUCGACCUGGCGGAGAACCAGGACACGUUGUCCCCCGUGGAGCUGGAUCCUGAGAAACUGGCCCACAAAUUCAAGGAGCUCCAGAUUAAACAUGCAGUAACACAGGCAGAGAUCCAGCUGUUAAAGAGGAAGCUGGCUCAUGCGGAGCAGGAUAAGUUGCGUUGGCGGAUGGAGCGCACUCAGUUGGAGCAAAACAUCAGAGACAGCAAGGAGAGGAUGGAGAAGCUCGAGGGCUACUGGAUGGAGGCACAAUCCCUGUGUAAGGCUGUGGAUGAACACCUGAAAGAAACCCAGGCCCAGUAUCAAACCCUCGAGAGGAAAUACAACAAAGCCAAGAGAAUGAUUAAAGAAUACCAGCAAAAGGAAGUCGAGUACCUGAAGAAGGAGACCGAUCAGCGGCGUGCACAAGAAGAGAGCGAGGCGACACACAAAGAAGAAACAGACAACCUGCAGGAAAAGAUUACAGACCUGGAGACCAAAGUGGAUGCCUUGAAGAGCCCUUCACCACCCUAAGCUGCUGCUAAGUCCUACCUCCUAUCUGUGACCAGAAGAGGGGGUGCUCAGCGUUCAUUCGGACCAGGGCCAUAUUAAAUUCCAACUACCCAUCUGCUGCACGGACAGACCUGUUAAAAAAACUAAAAGCGGCAAUCGUAAAAGAGAGGCUGAGGAGGACGCGGCCCCUCAUCCCCUCCCAGAAUGCACCACCU